AUGACUUCUCAGGAAGAGGAACAGGAGACAAAUCCCAACACUGGAAAUCUUGAAGUUGUAUCUGUUACAGAAGAUGAAUUGUCAGCAGCUGAACUUUGUUUUCCUUGCAAAAAAUUCUUCAGCAUACCACAAGCAAAAGUAGACCCUAGUGCAGAGGAAGAAGGAGAUAUCCAAUCAACUUCAAAGUGCCAUCUUUUAGUCCCAUUAAGGUUUCUUCCAUAUAUCCUUGUUUUAUUACUUGUAGUAACCCUAGCAGUUGCCAUUGGCCUGGGUGUCCAGUACAACUGCAUUGGGAAGUUUCGAUGUGGAUCAUCUUUUAAGUGUAUCCAGCCCUCAGCCAGGUGUGAUGGUGUCUAUAACUGCAAAGAUGGCGAGGACGAGUACAGAUGUGUCAGGCUGAGUGGCAGGAAUGCAGUGCUUCAGGUAUUCACUUCUGGUUUCUGGAGGACUGUCUGCUCCGAUGACUGGAAAGAAGCCUAUGGAAAUACUACAUGUAAACACUUAGGUUUCUCAAGUUACGUGAGUUCAGGUAACCUGCCUGUGGAUGCAGUUGAAGAAGAGUUUCAAAGAUAUUUUGUUUCCCUCAGUCACUGGUUGUCAUCCAAUCGAGUGACCUUCCUGCACAAUGCAACCCACAUAAGAGAAGAAUGUACUUCAGGCAAGGUAAUCAUCUUAAAAUGUUUGGUGUGUGGCACUAGGUCCAGAUAUUCCUCACGUAUAGUUGGUGGAAAUGCUUCAGCACCCAAGCAAUGGCCAUGGCAGGUCAGCCUUCAGUUUCAAGGAUUCCAUCUGUGUGGAGGAUCUGUCAUCACCCCAUGGUGGAUUGUAACAGCAGCCCACUGUGUCUAUGAUUUGUACUUGCCUAGUUCAUGGAGUGUGCAAGUGGGUUUUGUGACUCAGCAAGAUGCUCCAGUUAAUCCGCAUUCAGUGGAAAAAAUUAUAUAUCAUAGAAAUUAUAAACCCAAGACGAUGGGAAAUGACAUAGCACUGAUAAAGCUGGCAGCACCACUUGUUCUCAAUGGUCUGAUAGAGCCAAUUUGUCUGCCCAAUUUUGGUGAACAUUUUCCAGCAGGGAAAAUGUGCUGGAUAUCAGGAUGGGGAGCUACUGAAGAAGGAGGCGAUACUUCAGAGACAAUGAAUUAUGCUAGUGUGCCUUUGAUUUCCAAUAAGAUUUGCAAUCAUAGGGAUGUCUAUGGAGGAAUCAUAACUCCUUCAAUGCUGUGUGCUGGUUUUUUAAGAGGAGGUGUUGACACUUGUCAGGGAGAUAGCGGGGGGCCCUUAGCAUGUGAAGUCAGGAGCACCUGGAAGUUAGUGGGUACCACUAGCUUUGGGGUGGGCUGUGCAGAAGUUAAUAAACCAGGAGUCUACAGCCGAACUACCUCAUUUCUGGACUGGAUACAUGAACAAAUGGAGUUGUAUUCUGAGUAA